AGAACAGCGUCUCCUCCCCCUUCACGUAAGCGGCUGCAUGGCUGCAUCCGUUGGCGCUGUUUUCAAGCUACAUUCCCCGCUAGCUGUCUGCACGAGCCUCGAGGGAAGGGUGGGUGUCCGGCGACGCCAAAUCCUCGCCGCGUCAGCUAGUCGGUGGUGCUCAUUUUCACAUUCACCGGAAACCCGCAGCAAGUGGUCGUCACUCUACCGUUGCAGCAACAUGAACGCGUGGGCACUGGAAACCGGCUCCAAGCUUCCGCCGCUUGUUCCGGGCAAACUGCGCCUGUACAGCAUGAGGUUCUGCCCCUACGCGCAGCGGGCACUCCUAAUGCUUAACGCCAAGGGCCUAGACCACGAAGUGGUCAACGUGAACUUGGCGAGAAGGCCCGAGUGGUACAACGACGUACUACCCGCGGGUACCGUUCCGGUGCUGUACCAGGACGAAAAGGUCAUCAGCGGUUCCAUGCCGAUCGCCGAGUACCUGGAAGAAGCGUACCCGCAGCCGCGUCUCUUGCCCAGCGAUCCGUACCUCAAGGCCUUGGACAGGAGCUUUCUGGACUCGGCAUUAGCAUGUGCAUCGCUGAUUGGCAGCAUUUCGCUGAAGAGAGGAUCGAAGGAAGAGCACUGGGCGAACUUUGUCAAGAAAAUCGGGUGCUUUGAAAAAGAGCUUGGCAAGAGGAAGACGACGUACUUCGGAGGUGACCAACCCGGCUUGGUGGACUACGUGCUCUGGCCCUCGUUUCCGGCUGCUCUCGCCUUCAGCAAGCUCUAUCCCGAUCUCAAGAUGCCGGCGGCCGACGAGUUCCCGCUGUUCUCGCGCUGGCUGCAGGCCAUGCGAGGGCACCCUGUGGUGAAGGCCACCGUGAACGAGGACCACGUCUUCCUCUACGCCAAGAGUGGUCAGGAGGGAGAACGGGACUACAAUGCUGGACUACAGAAGUAGAGCCGUACGUCGCGCGUGUAACUUCCCUCACGUGUCGCGUGCGAGCGUAGCCGUGCGCAGCAGCAUCUGCACAUAUAUGCUACGCUUAUUAGGAGUGGGCGAGAGAAAGAGAGAAAUAAACGCUUAUUUCGAAA